UUGCGUCCGUAGCAACGGUAACCGAAAACAAAGUAUCCCUACAUCCGGUUUUGGUCGCCAUCUUGUGAAAUAGGCCUAUCGCUGCCCUUGGAUGAAACCGGAACUUGUUUAGUUGGCGGUUUAAAACAGGAUCUUUUAACCUGUAGAAGGAAAGACGUCCAGCUGGUUUUGUAGAACAGUGUUGCUUGCGGUUUUGGUUGCUAAGGAAGUGACGCUGUAUCUUCGCCUCGCUGGGGCCGUGGCAACGGCAGGUUUGUGUAAACAACGGGACUGAUUUUUAUUAAUGAAUGGGCUAAUCUAACUAAAUUCAACACAUCGGAAAAUCUGGUUCUUUCAAACAGAAUGGCAGAGCUGCACAUCAUUGGUCAGAUCGUGGGGGCCAGCGGCUUUCCUGAGAGUACGCUGUUCUGCAAGUGGGGCGUUCACACAGGAGGGGCAUGGAGGCUGCUCUCUGGGAUAAGGGAAGGACAGACUCAGGUAGACUCCCCACAGAAUGGGGAGAUGGCUUUCUGGAGUCACCCCAUUGACCUGCACUACACCACCAAAGGACUGCAAGGCUGGCCGAAGGUCCACCUGCAGGUGUGGCACCAGGACUCGUUUGGGCGCUGCCAGCUUUUCGGCUAUGGGUACUGCCACGUGCCCUCCAGCCCCGGGCACCACCGGCUGCGCUGCGCCACCUGGAGGCCGCUGGGCUCGUGGCAGGAGCAGCUGGCGCAGGCCUUCGUGGGCGGGGGGCCCCAGCUGCGCACCCCGGACCUCAUCUACAGCGGCGCCGACCGCUACCGGCUGCACACGGUCGCCAUGGGCACCGUGGAGCUGGAGCUGGGGAUCGUGCUGCGCCACUUCGACAAGUACGGCGUGGAGAGCUGAGGGGGGGUGCGUGGCAGGGCGGGGCCAGGAGGACGGGGCGGGGCCGGGAGGAUGGGGAAGAGAGACGGAGCGACGGGGGGGACGAGGGAGGAGGGUGGCUCACUGUGGGGCUUUCUACCAAGAGGAUGCCAGGAAAAAAGAAGGGUGGUGUACUGUUUGCGGAACUGGGAGGAUGGUUAAAUGAGAGAAGUGCAUUGUGGGUGGAAGAGAGCCAGAGAUAAAGUUCUGGAAAAAAUAAUUUGGGCUCUGGGAUUGAGCUUGCCCAAUUGCACUGUUGUAAGAAAUCUGCUUACAUGCU